AUGGAGCUGGUCUGAAGUUUUAGGCGUUUUUCUUGGAUUCGAAUGCGGAUUUUUUUUUGAAAAAAUGAGGUUUUUUGGAUGAAAAAUGAGCGAUUCUUUGGGGGUUUUUUUUGGAAACAUUUUCAUCAUUUUAGUUAUUGCCAUGGAUAAAUGAACGCAAAUUAUGAGUUUUUCAUGCCAUUUUAGAUCAUUUUGUUCGGUUUUAAAAGCAAUUUUUUAUAAAAAUUGUCAUUCUGGCAAUAUUGUUUGAUGAAAGUGCAAUAUUUUUGUCUGGAUAUUGGUCACCGAUUAAUUUACAAAUUUUCAGGACGGUCGCCUCCGUUGUGGCCUUCUCGACCGCUUCGUUGAGGCCAAAGGAACCACUUUGUUUUUGUCGCCGGUCCAGGAACAGCACUCCGACGAGGUCCCGCUGAAUCAUCGCUUCAAAAAACAACGCCAGAAGCCGGGAUCCGGCGUUCUGGACGUCCAAUGCUUGCAUGUGGGCCCAACCCUGGUGGUCCGCAUCACGGAUCGCGCCGAUGUAAAUCUGGAAAUGCCAUCGGAAAGCAAUCGGAAGAGAGAUUCGGCAAAUAGAAGGACGCUAACCCCCAGAAAUGACGACACGAAGACGGCAAAGCCUUCGUAUUCCAUGGAAGUGAGGCUGGAAGUCCCAGCGGGCCUGGGAAUUUCCGUGGUCAACAAUCAGAGCGAGGAAUUGAUCUACGCCUUGUUUAAGGUGGGAUUUUGAGAAUUUUAGGGGAAAAGUGGGGAAAUUAGAGAUUUUGGGUAAUAAAAUGAAUGAAAUAGACGAUUUUAGAGAAGAAUGUGGAUUUUUAGAUAGUGUAUAGGAUACGAAAAUGGAUUUUUGGACAAAAAUUGACCUUGUUUUAGGUGUAAGGUCCAUAAAUUAGAUGAAAAAGGUCAUAAUAUCGGAUUUUUCUUGAUUUUUUUGGAAUUUUUACAAAAUUUUGCAAAAUUUUGCAAAUUUCUUGACCUAUUUUUUUGAUAUUUUUGCCAAUUCUUGCCGUUUUAGGGUCUCGAAUUCACCGUAAUGAAGACGGAUUCAACCUACCAAAUGACCGGCUCAGUCUCCGUAAUCCAAAUCGACAAUCAACUGUUGUACGCCGAGAAAUGGCCCGUCCUUUAUUGCGAAGUGAACGCCCUGAAAACGGAAGGAGAAACCCCGGAAUCACCCGGCACAUUCGAACCGCCCGCUAUGAGGCUGACAAAACCAGCGCUGAAAUUGGAAAUGUCGUGCAAUCCCAGGACACAUUAUGACGCUUUUGAUGUGAGUUGAAGAGAUUUUUGAGGGGUUUUUUGAAGAGAAAUGGUGUUAAUGACUAUGAAAAAGUGAUUUUGGAAGAUUUUUGGGGGUUUUGAAAAAAUGUGUCAUUAUGACGGAUUUUUUGGAAUUUGGAAAAAUCAAUGGAAAAACUUGUGUGUUGUGGGAUUUGCAAAAAAAUGUUUUUUAGAUGUAAAAAAAUGUGUCAUUAUGACGGAUUUUUUGGAAUUUUUGAAAAUUUUUUUUUUAUUUUUGAAUUUUUUUGUUAGUUUGAUGAUGACCAAUAA